AUGAAUCCAGCUUGUUCGGUAAAGGACCGCAUAGCAGUAUCAAUGAUAAACACAGCAGAAAAAGAGGGGAAAAUCAAGCCAGGAGUUUCUACAAUUAUUGAACCAACCUCAGGCAAUACCGGGAUAGGGCUUGCCAUGGUUUGCGCAUCCAAAGGUUACAAACUGAUCCUAACAAUGCCGGAAUCAAUGAGCGUUGAAAGACGUACAUUAAUUAUGGCUUACGGGGCUCAGGUCGUCCUUACUGACGCUUCGAAAGGCAUGCAAGGAGCCGUCGACAUGGCGGAAGAUUUAUCCCGCAAAAUUCCAAACUCAUUCAUUGCGCAACAGUUCAUGUUUAAGUUCGGAAAUCCAGCAAAUCCAAGAAUUCACUAUCUAACUACCGGUCCAGAAAUAUGGCAACAAACUAAUGGAAAGGUUGAUAUCGUUGUUUUUGGAGUCGGUACGGGAGGUUCACUUACUGGAAUUGGCUCCUUCCUGAGGAGCAAGAACCCAAACAUAAAGAUCUAUGCAGUUGAGCCUGACGAGUCACCGAUUUUGAGCGGCGAAAAAGCUGGACCACAUAAAAUCCAAGGAAUAGGGGCUAACUUUGUACCAGAAAUACUGGAUACUAAACUGUACAACGGUAUUAUUCGCGUCCCAUCAGACAAAGCAAUAGCAACAUCAAAACGCCUCGCUCGUGAAGAAGGGAUUCUUUGCGGAAUCUCCUCCGGGGCUAACGCUUGGGCGGCAAUGAGCUUGGCAAACAAACCUGAAAACGCUGGAAGAUUAAUAGUGACGUUAUUGCCUAGCUUUGGAGAGCGAUACUUGUCAUCAGUUUUAUACUCGGAUAUUAAAGAAAUUGCUCAGAAACUGACUGUACAAUCUUCUGAGGAUGCGUUGAACCGCAUAAAUUCUUAG